CUUCAAUAUCUUCUUUGAUUAUGUUGCUAUGCGACUGAGGGCAAUGAUUGGCCGAGACAAUUUGACAAUAAUAAGUUUAAACAAGUCAUCUGUUGGCAUAAUCACAGAUUAAAAUACACCACGGGGAUUUAUAAAUCUAGAUCUAGAAGAGGCAAAUUUCAAUUAGUUUUAUUUUUCAUAAUGUAAACACAAACGAAGUAGGCUAGAUAAGCAUUCUACUCUUGCAAAAAUGACAACGACUACGAUUUUGUCAUAUAAACGUUUUAAGGGCGCACCUUUUGGAACACAAACUGCCAGGUUUGAUGUUUCUGGUGUACAUCCGAAAUGUAAAACUGCAGGAGGAUACACAGAAAUCCCUUAUGACAGAAAUUACAUAGAUGAACUGCAGAACAUUUGUCCAUGUGUACCAAAAGAAAACUGCUUACAGAGAUCUACACGUGGGGAAAGUUAUGCCACAAAAGGAUCAAAUGUAGAAACUAUAAAGAAUAUAAGUAACUUGACCAAAUCUACCUUGUCAAAAUUGAAUCUACCAAAAUCAAAGAAAUGGGAAGUUGAUUACAUUAAAGAUAGUGUUGUAGACAGGAAGAUCAUUGACUUAAGAAAUAAACUACACUGCUUCAGAAAUACUUGCAAUGUGGGGAGCAAUGAAAUAUUUUUUACAGAAAAUGUUUUACUUUCAAAAAAACACAAUGCUGAGUCUUUCAAUGGGCCAAAAGAUAGUAUUACACAACGCUCUGAUCAACUCUUCUACUUAGCAGCAGGUUUACAAAUUAACUUGAAUAGGUCUAAAAAAUCUGAUGGUAACAGUAAUGCAUCAAUAGCACAGACCUUACUAAAUCGUAAUGAAAAUUCUAACCCCACUGAUUCUAAACCAGGUGAAGAAGAUGAUGAUGAAAGUAUCCUAUUUAAAGGUACGGAUGAUGUCUCUGAUAGAUCAAGAAGUUUGAAUCAAUCUGAACAAUCUGAAUCAUCUGAUCAUGAAGAAACACAAUCAGUAAUCAAUAGGGAAGAAACAAGAACAAGCCAAAAUAGCAUUCCAAUCAUUGAAGUGGAAGAUAUUUCAGCCCCAUUGAAAAGUGCACUGUCCAAAACAAAAAAACUCGAAGAAUCAUCAAAGAGAGUUUCCUUUGAAUCCCAACUGACAACUGAUCAUGUUGAAGACUCUAAGCAGCAUGCAUCGAUUACUUUAUCCUCUCGACCUUCACUAGAUGAAAAUGUCCUUUUUGACACAGAGAGAAGGAGAUCUUCAGUAAGAUUUCUAAUUCAAAGAAAACUGUCUCUGACUGAUAAAAUAGAUGUUAAAGUUGAUGAUGACAUCAUAAAACGAACCUCGAUUAUCUUUAGUAGUAAAAGAAAUUCUGAACUAGAAGAAGCAGAGUUAAGUAAACUAAGCUCUUGUUAUGAAAGUGACUCAACUAGGCAUUCCCUUCCAGAGUUGGAAGACUUUGCAAAAAGUUAUGUUAAUGAGCUAGUUGUAGGUAUCAAGAAAUCCUGGAAUGAUCUUGAUCAUACAGGUAGAGCUCUAACUUAUCUGGAGGAGCCCCAAAGUCACACCUCACGUAAAGUGUCAGAAUCUGAAGGAUUUCAUACUGAUACUACUGUUUCACAUGGCUCUUUGAACAAACAAGACUCAAAAGGAACCAGCAGCACAAGCAUUCAUUACAAAUCUUCAACAGACAGCUCAACAGAUGUUAAAGAGGAAGAAAUUCUACAGCUUUUUAAUGAAGACAGCCGUUUAGAUGUUCCUCCAAAUAGUUCUUGCCAACUUGAAGAGUUCGUAAGCCAAUCAAACAAGAGAAAAAAAGAAAAAUUAUUGAAGGCUCCUUAUGAAUCCUGUGAAGCCUACUUGAAAAGAAAACUUGGACCAGGUGUUUACAACCUGAUGAUAUCAAUAGAUGAAGACAAAAAAGUGGAAGAACAAGCUCCAAAGACAGGAUGGGCUCGCCAAUUAGAAUUAGAAAGACUGGCUGCACUGCCACAUCUGCUCUAUAAGGAACAAUGGGAAGAGAAGAAAAUGUUGCAAAAAAAGCUUGGGCCUGGAUCUUACAAUAUUAAAGAUUUCAUUCAAAUCAACAAUGCCAAGCCUCGCAGUGGACGUGGUAUAUGUGAGAACCUUGCACCAAGAUUUGAAAAUAAGCAUAUGAGUGCUACUCCUGGCCCAGGCACUUAUGGGAUUGAUGGCAUUCCCCAAAAAGCCAUGGAUGAAAAAGCUAAGAAAUCUGCAAGCACAAAAGGGAUUUUAGAUGCUGGAGAUCGUAAGCGAAAUUUACCCUCUAUUGGUUCUCAUCUUGGCCCAGGAACAUACAACCAUACAUCUUGUACAGAACAGCUGUUGAAUAAAGUCACAGGUAUAAAGGGGCCUUACAAUUUGUUUUCUUUAGAAAGAGAUGCAAAAACAGUCAUAGGCCACCAUGCAAUUGUGAGACCAGCAAACCUAGGUCCUGGACAAUAUGAUGUCAAAUCUUUUGUGGAUGAAUUAAAUAAUGAGCACAAAAGAAGUCAUGGACGAUUUGCUAAAGUUGAUCAGUAUCCAGAUACAUUGCUACAGGAUUUUCCAGGUCCUGGAAGUUAUGAUGUAAAACAACACAACAGUAAAUGCUCUCAUGGCGUCAACAUUCCAGGAUUUCUUUCAUCAGCAAAACGUGAUGAUAAAUUAUCUCAAAAAUUUUUUACUGGGAACUAUAAUCCUGUUGGCGCUGGAAGGUAUGAUGUACAAAAAUAUGAGGAGGCUCAAGAUGUUAAUGGAUGCACAAGUUCUUUCAAAUCUAGAACAAAUAGACCAAAUCAAAAACUGUCCCGAUUUCUUCAAGAAAGACUACGAGCUAAAGAUAUAAGUCCAGCAGACAAAGCCAAAUACAUGGAUCCUUACAGAAUGACACGUUCUAUCACAAUAAUGUGAAAUAACAGAUGUUUCAUAGCUGAAAAAUUUGAUGGACAAUAAACAAUUUGGUUUUUAGUACUAAAAGAACAAUGGAUGCUUUUUAAAUCUUCAUACAUUUUUUUUAAACAGCUCAGUGCAACAUACUGUUAACAUCUUGAUAAAUAAUGUAAUGUUUAUUUAUUCUUUUCAUGCAACUAGAAAUUAUUUAUACUUUAGAUCUCCAAAAAAUGUGAUUUGAAAAUACCAAUUAGCAAGCUACUUUCGGUUUAACUAGCAAUUAUGCUGCAGUAAAAAGUAAUAAAACAAUGGACAUAAAAAGUCAUUUCAAAAGAUAAAUGCUCUACCCUUUUCGAGUAAUAUAUAUAUAUAUAUAUAUAUAUAUAUAUAUAUAUAUAUAUAUAUAUAUAUCUUUUACCUUCUCUUUAAAUCUGGAUCUGAUGAACUGACUAUGUAUUUCAGUAUUUCCAGACAAAAAAUGUGUCCAAAUCAGUCACAGGCUGACAAGAGUUGAAAAUAAUUGUUGUAUUCAAGUGGUAUUUGUUAAAGUAGCUCAAAAAAAAAAAAAAAAGAAUCUCAAUGGAAUUAUUCCUAAAUUCAAUUCCUGUUUUAUUUCAGUACUAGAAUUAUUUCUUUUCCCUAUCAUAUGAAAAAAAUAUUCACAAAACAUUAAAGCAAUUUUAUAACAGUUUUAUUUUUUUUCUUCAAGACUGAGAUUAAUUACAACUGUAUUUCAUGCUAUUUACAUGAAGAAAAGUUUAGAUUUUCAGUAUUUCUAUGUUUUGUUUUCAUUGUGUUUUCUAAAAUUAUUUCUAAUUUCUAUUUUUCCUUCAGUUUCUGUGUUCAACUAUUUACUCAAUUCUCCAUUCAGUAUUAAAAAAUAUAACUGUUUAAACUGAUUUUUUUUGUUAUGUUUAUUCUCAUUCAUUGCCACCUUUUAAUAUAGUAUUUAUUUUAACCUGUGAUUUUAAGAUUAAUUUAGUAAAAAUAAUAAAUUCAUAAUUUUGUUAACCAUAAAAGCAAUAUAUCUAUUUUAUAAGUGAGAUUUUCAGUACAAUGAAUCAUUGAAGAUUUCAACCAUGUUCAAGUGGAUUUUGGUUUGUUUGACUUUUAGUACAUAUAUAUUUUUGUCACCCACAAAAGUUAGGAUUGGAGUUCUCUUUUGUUUUAAUUAUCUUGUUAUAAAUAAUGAGAUGUUUUUAAAGUAGCAGUUCUCCCAGAGCAUUAAAUACAAUGGUGACAUAUUUACCACUGUCUACUAUCUCUUUUAUUUUUGUUGUAUGGAUAUUCAAACAUAUGAAUUUUAUCAACAUUGAAAAUACAAACUUUUGUAAAUGUUAUAAAUGACUUAUUUCUAUGGAUCAACAAGUGAAUGAGUUUAGCAAAUUAUUUUUAGUGUUCCAGAUACAAAGACAAAUUAAUGGUUACCAUUUAUACAUGAACUUAUUCUUUUAUUUAGUUUCAAUAUGGUUGCCAGAUUUCUCAGUUUGAAACAGUUUAAAGCCAAGAAAUUGAAAAUAAAAAGUUGUGCAUAA